UAUAUUUCAAGCUCAUCUCCGAAACCCUAAUACCGGCAGAACCCUCACCCGCUCGCUUUCAGCGUCUCCUCGUUCCCUUCCCUCACCCGGUCGCUUGCUGCAAACCCUACAAACCAAUCCGCCGCCAUGGGGAAGGUGCACGGAUCUCUGGCUCGUGCUGGGAAGGUGAGAGGGCAGACGCCCAAGGUCGCGAAGCAGGACAAGAAGAAGAAGCCCCGCGGCAGGGCUUACAAGCGCAUGCAGUACAACCGCCGCUUCGUCACCGCCGUUGUUGGAUUCGGGAGGAAGCGAGGGCCCAACUCAUCCGAGAAGUAAAAGAAGAUUGUAGUAGACUCCUUUUCAAUAUCUAGUUUCAAACAAAUGUAGGGUUUUGUUUCUGGAUUCUGAAUUACGUGUCUGGAUUCUGCGUUUUGAGAAUGGUUUAUGGAAAUUCUGAAUCGAUUGGGGGUGUAAUGCUAUGUUUGGCCCCUCUUUAGAGAUGCUUCGCUAGCUAUCUAUCUUUAUCCUGAAGGAAGUCUCCUUUUUUAGGUCACAUUUGUUGUUUUUGUCUUUCAAAAUUUAGCUUCUUUUGUAUGGUUGUUGCUGUGUGAAUGUUAUUUGGACAUCCAGUUUGAAUUGUUUAUGAUGAAUGGGGUGGGGUCUUAAUCA